AUGAAUCCAUGUGUUUUUAUAAUUCCCUCACUUCUCUUGCUACUCCUUGUGACUACAACUACCAGCCAAUUAGGAGGAGAUGAUAUGAAAAAGUGUUUGGAUAAUGAGAGAGAUGCUCUCCUUCUUUUCAAAGCUCCCCUUCAAGACCCCAAUGGUCAUCUCUCUACAUGGAGAGUUGACCAACAUGAUUGCUGUAAAUGGAGUGGAGUCACAUGCAACAACCAAACAGGUCAUGUCACAUGGCUUCAUCUUGACUCCUAUGGUCUUGGAGGUGAGAUAAGCCAUUCGUUGCUUAACUUAACCUACUUGAAUCAUCUUGAUCUUUCCAGAAAUUCUUUUCACGGAACCAUUCCCACCUUCAUUGGUUCCUUGAGAGAAUUAAUCUUUCUUGAUCUUUCCUAUAACUCUCUUUAUGGAACCAUUCCUCCAGAGUUUGGAAACAUCACCAACUUGCAACGCCUUUAUCUUGGAUCCAUGGGAGGAUUUAGAGUUGAAAAUCUAGAGUGGUUGUCUCAUCUCUAUCGUUUGGAGGAACUUCAAAUGGAUGGGAUUUCCCUAGCCAAACAAAAUCAUUGGGUAGAUGUAAUUCUAAGUCUUAGGAAACUCUCAUAUUUAAGUUUAGAUGGAUGUGAGCUCUCACAUGUUGUGUAUCCAUAUUCUUCUUCAUUUUUCAACUCUUCUUCAUCUAUUGAAUCCCUUUAUCUUGGAAACAACAAUCUCACCUCAUCCAUGUAUCGUUGGUUGUUCCCAUUAACCACCAAUAAGCUUCGUGUUCUUGAUCUCUCUAGCAACAUGUUAGAUGGGAUACCCAAAUAUCUUGGUAUUAAUCUCUGUAGAUUGGAAGCUUUGAGUCUCGACAACAACUCUUUAGUGGUUGAAUUUCCUGAUUUUCUCAACAACUUGUCUGGAUGCGCAUCACUUUCAUUAAAAAUGUUGUAUGCUCCAAGAAACCAAUUUACAGGGUCAUUAUCCAGUGAGAUCCAAAAGUUUUCAUCCAUAACAUCUUUGGACCUAUCUAAUAAUCAUUUAAAUGGAAGCAUAAGUGAGAAACUGUGGGAACUACCUAGGCUUCAAACUCUUGACUUGUCUUUUAAUAAUCUUAGAGUUCCUUCCACAUAUCACUUUUCAAACCUUUCUUAUGUAAAGUAUAUUGAUCUGACCUCUUGCAAGCUGCUAGGGUCUCGCUUCCCCAAAUGGAUUCAGACAUUCAAGAAUCUUACCUUUCUUGAUCUUUCCAAUACUGGAAUUUCAGACACAAUUCCUCUGGAGUUUUGGGACAUGUGGCCUUCUCAAUUACAACAUCUGAAUCUCUCCUCCAACAAUAUUAGCGGGAAAGUACCAGAUUUAUCAUCAAAUUUUGCCCAGAGUUCAGUGAUAGAUUUGAGUUCCAACAGAUUUUAUGGUCCAAUACCAAAUGUUCCUUCUGCUUUAUCAACAUUAAACCUUUCCAGAAACAAAUUCUCUGGAGGGAUCUCCUUUAUAUGCCAAAUUGUUGAUGGGUUCUUAUCAUUUCUUGACCUCUCUCAUAACUCAUUAAUCGGACGACUCCCUAACUGCAUGGUUCAACAAGGGUUUUCACAAGAUGUACAAUUUUAUACAACAUAUGAACAAGAGACAUAUGUUGACCAUGCAAUGAUUCAGUGGCAAGGAAAUGAGCAUGAAUUCUUUAGCACUCUGAAACAGUUGAAGAGCAUUGACCUGUCAAGUAACAAUCUAACAGGACAAAUCCCAAAUGAAAUUACCAAUCUUUAUGACUUGAUUGCCUAG